AUGGCUGGGGGAAAGAACAGUACCACAAUUACAAGGUUCAUUCUUUUGGGAUUCUCUGAAUUUCCAAAGCUCACCGCUGUCCUCUUUUCAGUAUUCCUAGGGAUCUACCUCACGACAGUGUCCUGGAACAUGGGUCUUAUCACGCUUAUCAGGAUGGAUUCGCAUUUGCACACACCUAUGUACUUUUUUCUCAGUAACCUAUCCUUGCUGGACAUCUGCUACGUUUCCACCAUAGCCCCCAGAAUGCUCUCUGAUUUCUUCAAGAAGUAUAAAUUCAUCUCCUUUAUGGGAUGCACCAUGCAGUACUUCUUCUUCUCUAGCCUGGGUCUGACUGAGUGCUGCCUCCUGGCCGCCAUGGCUUACGAUCGCUAUGCUGCCGUUUGCAAUCCUCUCCUCUAUGCAGCCAUCAUGUCCCCCACCCUCUGUGUGCAGAUGGUGGCAGGAUCUUGUAUAACUGGAUUCUUUGGCUCAUUCAUUCAACUAUGUGCCUUGUUUCAGCUCCAUUUUUGUGGCCCAAAUGUCAUCAAUCAUUUCUUCUGUGACCUGCCCCAACUGCUAAUCCUAUCCUGCUCUGACACCUUUUUCUUUCAAGUCAUGACCUCUGUGCUCACAGUGAUCUUUGGACUCACAUCUGUCCUGGUUAUUAUAAUAUCCUAUUGUUACAUCGUUGCCACCAUUCUGAAGAUCACUUCAGCUGAAGGCAGGUCCAAGGCCUUCAAUACCUGUGCUUCUCACCUGACAGCAGUGACCCUCUUCUUUGGCUCAGGUAUCUUCAUUUAUAUGUAUCCUAAUUCUGGUGAUUCCCUGAGCCAAAACAAGUUGGUAUCUGUCUUAUACACUGUUAUAAUUCCCAUGCUAAAUCCACUGAUCUACAGUCUAAGGAACAAGGAAAUCCAAGAUGCCCUAAGUAGAUGCAAGAAGAGAAUCUUUUCCUGGUGUUACUAA